GGAAUUUAAAGUCGCACUCGUUACAUCACGCUUUGAUGUAAAGAAACUUCAAGAUGUCAACUGCAGGACAACGAGCCUGCUCUAAUUUAUCUCGAUUUUCUUUAUAUCACCAUAUUUUCACCAACACAAGACAGGGCACUUUAAGACCUUGUGCCACAAGGACGUUGUCCAUGACAUCACAGCUUUACGCAAAGUCCAGAAAACCUCCUGAUGACAAUGAUGAAGAAAUUUCCAAACCCAUCAAGUUCUCCACCAGCAAAGCCAGCCACCGAACCUGGAAUGUGGACCGCUCGCUGGGCAGCACUUACCAGCGGCCCUGGUGGAAAGUUUUACCCAUCAGCGUAUUUGGAUUGGGCUUCCUCCUCUGGUGCAUCUUCAGGGAAGAGUCAGAGAUAGACGAGUCUCUGGAGAAACAUCUGUAUGAACAUUUACCAGAACUGUUGUCAGAUGAAGAGGAAGAAAGUGUCAAAAGCAAACCAUGACAGGGGUUUAAAAGGGACAUUUUGUAUAUGUUGUUUAUUUAUUGUUCAGUGAUGCCUUAAGUAAAAUGUUGCAACUGAGUUGGAGUUAAGUUAUUCAAUUAACCAUCCGGACUCUCAAGAGCAGAUAGAAUUCCAGAUCAAGUUGAAGACUUGAACUGCACAUGAUUGUCAAUUAAAUAAAUCCUGAUUCAGACCACGCUCAAAAUACAGUAUAUUAGCCUAUUUUCAAGGUUUACACAUUUCAAUUUCAUAAGAAAUUCCCAUCAGAAUGGUGUAUUUUUCAUAUAUAAAUUAAAAUAUAUAUUUGGUUAGAGGACUCAAUUUGAUGGAAAUGUAAUUGGCAUGCAAAAAUUAAAAAAUGUAUAUAUUUUGAGUGAAAGAUGGAGACCAAUGGUUUACUUUGGAAGUGUAAGCAUGGUCUGACUGCUUUGAUAACUAAAAAUAAUAUGGUGGAACUGGUCAAAUGACAUUGUGAGCAUGCAACAGUGAAAACCUGUACUUGACACUUUGUGAAACGAGCAAAACAUGUGUAAAUCAGUGAAAUAAUUGUAAAUGGUCCCAUUCAAUUAGGGCAAUUUGCAUUCACAAAUAUAUGCAGUUUUUAUAAGGACCA